GCUGGGAACUUGACCGCGUGCAAUCCUCUACGACAAACAUGAAUCAACUAUCUUGUUCGAGAUUAUUAUUUUUUACCAAGGAAAGAUAUCGCCUCUGAAUUUCCCACGGAUCUCAAGACUAUAAAAAUGACGAGCCUUUGCCAUGCCACAAAACCUUUCCUCGACUCCAUUGAAGAAAACGGAGAAGAAAACCGUGUACCUGCAGAAAUGACAAGAUCAAAGGUAGGAUUCAUUUUGAUAUUCUGAUGUAAUUUCAAAGGUUAGAUUAAUUUGUAUUUUCUGAUGAAAAGUUCCAAGGCAGGAUUCAUUUUUAUUUUUUGAUGUGAUUGAACAAAUUGAUACAGCUUUAAUUACACAUAUCUUCAUGCCAACUCAUCUACUUAUCAACUCGAUGGAUUUAACUCUCAAAAGACGAGAGAUUGAAAAAUCUGUCAUAUAUGGCGGGUGAAAAAAACGACACUUAAAAUAUAGAUAAAAAUACAAUUUAAAAGGAGAAAAAAAAGAUUUACUAUUUUGUGACUAGUUUCUCUUAGCAGCAUUCUUGUACAAAUGUUUAUAGGCUACAGCCGUAAAAAAAAAUAAAAGUGUUUGUCAAUAAAGAUUACGGAUUAGGCAAGUUUGUUGUUUCAAGGCCAUGUGUAAAGGCCACUUUAAAAAUGUUGUUAUUUUUAUUGUGAGCAAGAAGGUGCCAAAAAGAUACUCGAAACAUCUCAAAUCUCAAUGAAUUUGCUGGAUUCAACAAUUUCAGUUAAACCUUCAUUUCAGUGUGUGUCUGUGUUGGAAGUCAUUAAAUCUUGCCAGGAUGCCUCGUCUUCUACAACUAGAAUUGUUCCAUUAAAUAACGAAAAAAUGAUGCUCCUUUGUAAAUAAUGUCUUUGAUAUCUUCCAUCUAUUGCGUCUGGUUCGUCCUGAUUGCUUUUGACACCCACCCCACCCCCCCACCCCAUGCGUUUUAUGUUGAUGGCACUGGGUGAAAAAAAAGGGUGUCACACAGUGAGCUUUCAUGUAUGACGUUUGAACUCCGGUAAAAAGGGCGUGUUGUACUCGUCAUGGGGUGGGGGGGGGGCGCUAUUAUAUUAAUCCAUAAAAGCCAUGGGGUAAGGCCUGGGACUGUCUGUAGGGCUAUUGUUUAAAGGCCGGCAGGUAGGGUGUAGGAAUGUCUGUUUAUUUAAGAUAAUUUUAUAAUUCGACGCAGCUGGGGUUAGUGUCUCUAAGAACUUAAUAAAAAAAAAAAACUAACUUAAACCAGCUUCCAUGGUCACAGCUAGACAAGCGCUUUUGUGACGUUUAAGUGAAGUUAUCUCCCUUGUACAAACUCCCGACUGUCAUUGCAGUACAUUUAAAAUAAUGACAUUCAGUGAAAUCAUCUCCCUUGUAAAUUUGCCCCCCCCCCUCCACUCCCCCUCCCCCAACCGGGAGUCACAGCACUUCCUCCUCCACCGGGCCGGGUGACUGCCACUAUGACGUCACAUGUGUUGCUGACCUGUUGAAACUUCGGCGUCCUUGUCACAUGUUAUUUUUUUAUUCUUUUGAGCUUGAAAGAUGGACAUAGCCCCCCCCCCCCCCCCUUUUUUUUUUUUUUUCUUUUGUGCUUUAAAAAUGGCGACCCCCCCCCCCCCCCCCCUGGACUCCUUUCAACUCUCAAUGUUGUCAGUGUUAAGGGCUGAUCUGUGUGGUGGCCAAGUUGGCCAAGUAUUUCAAGUGCUCAGUAGUGGGGCGAUACAACGCCUAAUGUUUUUAAUUUUUUUCGGCACGACCUACCAUUCUCUAAGGCGGCAACUCAAAACUAUGUCAACCUUAACGUGACUAGGACAGCUGUUCUCUCGGUAGUGUUGUUAUGCGUUGUCCUUUGGCACACGACCGAUUGUCAUUGUUGACCAAUCCAAUCAGAGCGAUUCUUAAUGACCCCCCUAAUGGAUUGGGGGGGGGGUGAGAAGGGGCCGCGGCACUUCACCAUAGGGAGAUCAGAUCUUAACUUCCGGCCCUAUCUUAAUCCACAGACUUGACGGACAUCAAUCGUGUGACAAACGGACGAGUGGGCAUGUGUGUGGCUGGGGGGCUGUCUUAACGUGUGUGUGUGUGUGCGGAAUAUGUGAGUGUGUGCUUAAGGGUCUGUGAGCCAGAUAGUGUGUGAAUCUAUCGACAGCCCAUCAAACAAAUUAUGUUGUCUGAAUAUGCUGUCAUCCAUUGUAUGCUAGCUUUCGGCCGAUUAAGACGUCAACCGAGUUGUACGCCAAUCGCCAGGCUACUGGAAACUAACGCUUACUUCUGUUAGGCCUCAACGCAGCGACACAUUAUCUGAACAGACCGUAAUGACAUGGACAGCCAUUUUAAUUUGUGUUCUUGUUGUAACAUAUUACUGGCUUCAAAUGAAGAUUAGAAACGCGAUUCAAAGGUUUUUCCAACUUCGUCAAGUAAGACAAAUAUGGGGGUUUAAAAGUCGAUGGCGGGUAAGUUAUCCAUGUUUGUUGCUUUUUUUGUAAAUUCGGACAAUCCGCGCCAUGGUCGCCAUCUUGGUUGCCCUAAACGUAACACAAGCCCUAAACUAUCCCUAACCCUAACCCGAACUCUAAACCUAUUCCUAACCCUAACCCGAACCCUAAACCUAUCCCAAAACCUAACCCUAACCAGAACCCUAAACCGAUUAAGUGAAAUAAACACGUAAAUGACGUCAUGGCGCGAACUGUCUGCUUUAGCCGGUUUUGUUUUUCCACCUUGCCCUCGCCGUUCUUGUCGCCCUGUGUGUGAAGAUAGCAUUUCCAGGACGGGAAGUCGUUGCGGUAGUCUUACAAACAUGGUUUCAGCAAUGGAAGUCUCGAGCAUCGACGUCCUAGAAAACAUAUUCGACUGCUGCAAACAAAGUAACAACCCAACUCUGAACAACCAGGCACAUGCGGUCUAAAAUGUCAAAUGUCAUUUAAGGCGUUGUAGACCCCCUCCCCCCCCACAGACACACACACCAGCCACAGACCCACCCCCCACACCCAGUUACACUGGAGAUCUGCAGACAGAUGGAUCAUUAUGACGUCCACAGUCCCUCAGAACAGUCCGUUGCUUAACGGCAUGUGUUUUGGUUGUGUAUGUUUAGUCUAGACUCUAGAGCAGCGGUUCUUAAUCUUUAUGUAGCGCUGCACCCUCUCUUGAUUUCGAAACAUACCCGCGCCCCAUCUCGAUCUCUAGACUUGUGAUUAAACGGACGAGUAAAUGUAAAUGUUGUAGGGCCUCUACUGACUUACUAAUCUUAAAAACUUAAAAUUUGACAUAUGAUGGGCUUGAGCUUGUAUCUUUAAACUUAUGAUUUAACUUGUCAUUUUGCUUACCCUCAGAACUACCAUAAAGUACAAUAGUCUUAUCAUUAAAACUUAUCAUUCGUCUAUCAUCAAACUUAUCAUUCGUCCUAGCAUCAAAUUUAUCCUCGAAGAAUGUCAAAGGCAUAUUUACAAUGGCGAAAAGAAAGAGUUGAACAUAAUUCUAUUUCAUUAUAUUUCAUUGUAUUUCCUUUCAAACCGUGUGGUUUGAUCCAAGUUUGUAUCUAUCCUGAGACAGCCUGUGACCUUAGGUCUGACAGCUAAAAUCCACCACGCACCCCCAGCUCCCCUACCGUCGUUGCACCCUACCUAACAACCACCCACCCCAUUGUUGCGCGCACAUUGAGAGGGUGUGGCUGGUGGCCCCAUAAAUAUAUCAGAGAGAAGCCUUUCGCCAUUGUAGAGACGCUUCCAAACAUUCGGGUCAGAAUAGUGUCACGCUCAACGCUGUGUGGAUUUACUAACUUGGUCACUGUGAGUUGGAUUCUGGAGGGGAAAUUACGCGUUUGACAAAUUUGUUCUUUUAACACAGAGCACUUGUGUGAUGUGGCUUGUGUGAUGUGGCUUGUGUGAUGUGGCAACGAGCUAAUGUAAGUUGGAAGGGCGUCAAGACACACGUGACCGCGCUCACUUCUGCUAUCUUAGUCUUAGUUUAACGAUAUAACUUGGUUCGUUUUGGAAAUGACGAGUGUGGGGGGGGGGGGGGGGAAUGGGGGGGGGGGGGCCCGAGGGGGGGGGGGGGGCUCUAAGGUGGGGUGGCAAAUCUAAUUUGGGAUGGCAGAUCUAAGGUGGGGUGGCAGAUCUAUGGUGGGGUGGCAGAUCUAAGGUGUGGUGACAAAUCUAAGGUGGCGUGGCAGCUCUAAGGUGGGGUGGCAGAUCUAAGAUGGGGUGGCCAAUCUAAGGUGGGGUGGCAGAUCUAAGGUGGCCUGGCAGCUCUAAGGUGGGGUGGCAGAUCUAAGAUGGGGUGGCAAAUCUAAUUUGGGGUGGCAGCUCUAAGGUGGCGUGGCAGAUCUAAGGUGACGUAGCAGAUCUAAGGUAGGGUGGCAGCUCUAAGGUAGGGUAGCAGAUCUAAGGUAGGCUGGCAGCUCUAAGGUAGCGUGGCAGCUCUAAGGUGGGGUCGCAGCUCUAAGGUAGGCUGGCAGCUCUAAGGUGGCGUGGCAGCUCUAAGGUAGGGUAGCAGCUCUAAGGUAGGCUGGCAGCUCUAAGGUAGGGUGGCAGCUCUAAGGUAGGGUGGCAGCUCUAAGGUAGGGUGGCAGCUCUAAGGUAGGGUGGCAGCUCUAAGGUAGGGUGGCAGCUCUAAGGUAGGGUGGCAGCUCUAAGGUAGGACGGUUUCCCGUUUAAUCAUUUGAUCACUCAUCAGCAUCUGAGCGUCUGCACUAGACGAUUUUUUUAGUGUCUUAUUGGCACCUUCGUGAGCUUGGAUGCACAAUGGUCGGAGUGAUGACGACACCCAACCUUUAAAUAAGUAAGAUCAUGGAGUGGCAGUCGUUGCUGAAAUUUUGGCACAAUAUAACCAAUAGGGUGCCGACACCUGGAAUACAAUACAUCGGAUGUGAACGCAUUUUACUGCAAAUAUGAAUAGUGUUUAGCAGGGACGUGCUGGCACAUGGAAACCCGUGACGAACGGUGUAGUAAGAAAGGCCCGGAGCCCCCCCCCCUUCCCGCACACCGGAGAUUGUGAUAACUGCCCAAAAAGGCCCAUGACGAAUGCUCGUCCCGUCGUCGUGGGCCAGCACGUCCCUGGUGUUUAGUAUUCUUCACGUCCGCCUACUCUUUUUUUUUCCAAAUUAUUUUCUUCUUUUUAACUUGUUUGAACCGUAGCAACCUAAGACAAAGUCAAGGCAUGAGUCUCCCAGGUCCCUAAGAAAAAGUCAGGGCAUGAGUCUUCCAGGUCCCUAAGACAAAGUCAAGGCAUGAGUCUCCUAGGUCCCUAAGACAAAGUCAGGGCAUGAGUCUCCCAGGUCCCUAAGAAAAAGUCAGGGCAUGAGUCUCCCAGGUCCCUAAGAAAAAGUCAGGCAUGAGUCUCCCAGGUCCCUAAGACAAAGUCAGGGCAUGAUUCUCCCAGGUCCCUAAGAAAAAGUCAGGGCAUGAGUCUCCCAGGUCCCUACAAAUUUCGAAAAUACUGUGCUACGUAGGGGGAAAUCCAAAAUCUAGCUCUUACGUAUAAAGUUCAUGAUAAAACAAAAAUUUGCAUUUGAAAUAAGUAUUGGUGUUUGUUGUUGCUCGUCCUUUGAAUGCGAAGAUGACCAAGGCUGUAGUCCACGGUUAGUAUGAAGGUGGGAUGCGAAGAUUACCAAGGCUGUAGUCCACGGUUAGUAUGCAGGUGCCAUGCGAUCCAUAACAAGUGUUCCCCAUGAAUCAAUGUCAUGUCCAUGGAUUUGAGUGAAGCUUUCAAGAGUUAUUUUAGAAGGUACUUGAUGUAUUUUUGUUGCCCACCAUGCCGCAGCUUUCCGAGAAAAGUCUGCUGUCUGGCAUUCUUGCAGCAUGCCUUGCCCAUCUGGUCAAUCCUUUUUGUAGGAGCGUGUGGUUUCUGAUAAAAUCAUCCGAUUGUAGGGUCUCUGUAUCAGGGACUUUGUCCUGCCAACUCAUGCCAAGAAGUUUACAUCGACAGCGAAGGUGGAGAUGGUUAAGCUGUCUAGCGCGUCUGCUGUACACUGUCCACGUCUCGCAAUCGUGUAGGACAGACGCAAAUACGAGCUCCCUAUAUACUUUCAGCGUAGUGACACGGUUGAGAGCACUUCGCUGCAAAAACACUCUGGCGGAACCUUCCACCAAAGGCGGAGCCUUCCACCAAACACAACAUUUGCUUUGGAGAUUCGGUUGCUGAUCUCAUCAUGUUUUGCUUUGUUUUAAGAUCUACUUCUCUAGAUCGUAUUGAUCAAGGUCCUAACGAAAUCAACGCCUACAAAACAACACGUGACAACAAAAACACCACGAGACAACAAAACACCACGAGACUACAAAGCACCUAGAGACUACAAAACACCACGAGACAACAAAGCACCACGAGACUACAAAGCACCACGAGACUACAAAACACCACGAGACUACAAAGCACCACGAGACUACAAAACACCACGAGACAAAAAAACACCACGAGACAAAAAAACACCACGAGACAAAAAAACACCACGAGACAAGAAAACACCACGAGACAAAAAAACACCACGAGACAACAAAACACCACGAGACAACAAAGCACCACGAGACAACAAAACACCACGAGACAACAAAACACCACGAGACAAAAAAACACCACGAGACAACAAAACACCACGAGACAACAAAACACCACGAGACAACAAAACACCACGAGACAACAAAACACCACGAGACAACAAAACACCACGAGACAACAAAACACCACGAGACAACAAAACACCACGAGACAACAAAACACCACGAGACAACAAAACACCACGAGACAACAAAACACCACGAGACAACAAAACACCACGAGACAACAAAACACCACGAGACAACAAAACACCACGAGACAACAAAACACCACGAGACAACAAAACACCACGAGACAACAAAACACCACGAGACAACAAAACACCACGAGACAACAAAACACCACGAGACAACAAAACACCACGAGACAACAAAACACCACGAGACAACAAAACACCACGAGACAACAAAACACCACGAGACAACAAAACACCACGAGACAACAAAACACCACGAGACAACAAAACACCACGAGACAACAAAACACCACGAGACAACAAAACACCACGAGACAACAAAACACCACGAGACAACAAAACACCACGAGACAACAAAACACCACGAGACAACAAAACACCACGAGACAACAAAACACCACGAGACAACAAAACACCACGAGACAACAAAACACCACGAGACAACAAAACACCACGAGACAACAAAACACCACGAGACAACAAAACACCACGAGACAACAAAACACCACGAGACAACAAAACACCACGAGACAACAAAACACCACGAGACAACAAAACACCACGAGACAACAAAACACCACGAGACAACAAAACACCACGAGACAACAAAACACCACGAGACAACAAAACACCACGAGACAACAAAACACCACGAGACAACAAAACACCACGAGACAACAAAACACCACGAGACAACAAAACACCACGAGACAACAAAACACCACGAGACAACAAAACACCACGAGACAACAAAACACCACGAGACAACAAAACACCACGAGACAACAAAACACCACGAGACAACAAAACACCACGAGACAACAAAACACCACGAGACUACAAAACACCACGAGACAACAAAACACCACGAGACAACAAAACACCACGAGACAACAAAACACCACGAGACUACAAAACACCACGAGACUACAAAGCACCACGAGACUACAAAACACCACGAGACAAAUAAAUACCACUUACACACAAAGCUACAUUGGAAUACAAAUAUACUAAUAUGUAAACCUACUUCGUGUUCUAAACACUGACCAAAUGCCCUGUUGUCAUUAUUCUUAUUUCCUUUCCAAUCAGAAAACCAGCGUUGAACAUUCCUCAACGGUCAGUUCGGAGCUGUCCACAGACAGCAGAGACACAGCGAGUCCCAAGUUUCUACCCCCUGGACCAAAUGGCCUUCCGUGCAUCGGAUCUUUGCUGGACUUCAAGGGACCCAAGACCAAUCUGGCCUGGACCAAACAAUACGGAGGAAUUUAUUACGUCAAACUUGGCAACAAAAGUUUGGUGUAUCUCAACAAUCUGGAACUCGUGAAGAAGUACUUGGAAGGGAGACAAGGAGAGCUAUUUUUAGACCGUCCUAUGGGCCCCGGUGCUAUUGGUGAAGGUGAGCUAACCAGUUGUGUAUUAUAUGCGUCAUAAGCUAAGCAGUUGUGACUCAUUGUGUUGUGUAUUUUAGGCGUCAUAAGCUAAGCAGUUGUGACUCAUUGUGUUGUGUAUUUUAGGCGUCAUAAGCUAGACAGUUGUGACUCAUUGUGUUGUGCAGUAUUUGCGUGGGUUGUGGCGGGCCAUAUUCUAAAGAAAAAUGAACCCUCACCUCAAUAGAGUAGACAGAAACACGAGCACAUGAAACAUUCCACCAGCAAGUAAACAGAUUUGAAACCCAUAUCUCUUCAACGUUGACAUAUUUCCCAUAAUUCAGUUAUUCACUCUCAGCUUCCUGUCUUAUGUGCUACAUGUCUUAAUCCAUAGGUUGUCAAACCUUUUCUGAGUAAAGAGCCAUUUCAUAACUUAUCUCUGCUAAUAAAAUAUUUUUCUAGGAGCCACAGAGAGGGGAGGGUGAAAAAAACGAAAAGAGUGACAUGUUGUCAAAUCGCUGUCUUAAACGUUGCCCCAGUUCUGGCUUAUAAGACAGAAAGACUAUGUUCAGGAACAAACCUCAAGACUCCUUGUUUUCUUUUGUUCUCUCCAGGUAUUUUAUUUGGCAGCGGAGAAAAAUGGAAGAAAAACAAACGAGCGUUCAUGAAAGCCCUGCACACGACAACGUUCCUGGAGAACAUGGAGGGCGCCAUCCAGAUGGAGCUGUCGAUGGUCCUAGACCACCUGCGCGCGCAGGCCGGCCGGCCAAUCAAAAUCGGCGACGUACUGAUAUCAGCUUGCGUCAAUGCCGUCGGGGGUCUUCUUCUCGGCGGAUCACUUCCCGAGGACUCCGCCGACAGAAAAGAGUUGAGCAAGAUAGCCAGGAGCUUGGAAGGUUGUGACCUGUCAUCGCUGCUCACGCAGAUAUCGCUCAAACACCCGAGGUCAGUGUGAACUGUUUUAAUUUGUGACUUAGAUGACUUGCCGCCGUUCAUUUGUAUUACCCUGACAUACAACGUUGUUGUCUUUGUAAUGACCUGGUGUUUAAGCACACUCACUUAUUUAUAGAUGUACCGGUACAGUGAGCUUUAGUUUCUACUUCCUUGUGAAAAAAUGGGAAGCCUCGCCUACUAAUAGCUUGGUGAGUAGCCACGCCUACUAGCUUUGUGAGUAGCCACGCCUACUAGCUUGGUGAGUAGCCACGCCUACUAGCUUGGUGAGUAGCCACGCCUACUAGCUUGGUGAGUAGCCACGCCUACUAGCUUGGUGAGUAGCCACGCCUACUAGCUUGGUGAGUAGCCACGCCUACUAGCUUGGUGAGUAGCCACGCCUACUAGCUUGGUGAGUAGCCACGCCUACUAGCUUGGUGAGUAGCCACGCCUACUAGCUUGGUGAGUAGCCACGCCUACUAGCUUGGUGAGUAGCCACGCCUACUAGCUUGGUGAGUAGCCACGCCUACUAGCUUGGUGAGUAGCCACGCCUACUAGCUUGGUGCGUUGCCUCAACCAGUAAAAAAGGCGGCGCUUAUGCAACGAUUUUUCAAAAGAGUUGAGUCAGUGGCUGAGUUGAGUCAGUGGCUGAAUUGAGUCAGUGGCUGAAUUGAGUCAGUGGCUGAGUUGAGUCAGUGGCUGAGUUGAAUCAGUGGCUGAGUUGAGUCUGUGGCUGAGUUGAGUCAGUGGCUGAGUUGAGUCAGUGGCUGAGCUUCCUGUGAAUUUAUUGUGCCCCGACAGUUAGGAACAUUUAUUGAAAUUAAACAAUUAUUUAAUGAAGACUUGGCACGCCAACAUUAGGCACAAGGCUCCAGGAUUUUGACUUGAUGUUCUGGUCAUUUAUGGUCAUUUCAAACUCGGGUAUAACAAACAAAUGAAACACGUAUUUUUGGGGAUUGGUUUGAGUUGAUUAACUUUACUUUUUUCCAAUUUCCAGACUCAGAGAACCACUCUCCAAACUGUUCUUCAAAGAAAUCGUUGACGUCCACGGCACGUCCAGACAGCUGCAGCGUCUGCUCAGACAAUGGAUAAGACAAGCCCGCAUGGGGACCCUGUCCCCGCUGCCGACGUCCCACUUUGACAAAAACACGAACCAGUUUCUCAAACCAGUCGCUGGGAAGGACCCGCUGAGCCUCAGACGCGACACCGCGGGCGAUGCCACCGUUGAUGACGCGGAGGUAACCAUCACGCCACCGAGAGACGAGAGCAAGAUUGAAUCGUCCAUGCGGUGCGCCACGCAGUUCGCGGUCCUCGGGUUCUCGGAGACGGGCCACGGCGAGGAGCCGUUUGAAGCGUCCGAGUGCCCGGAGAAGAAAUGUCCCAGCACCCCACUCUCCGAGUACCAGUGGACGUUCACCAAGCAGAUGUCGGUCAAUGAGCACAACAACUCCAUCUUGCAGAGAAUACUGAGACAACCAGAGUUCGCGAAUGUCACAGAAGAAAAUGGUGAGUAAAGCCGAACUUCUGUUUUUUUAGUUUCUAAUACAAAUUGAUACAUUUUAAUCAUGUCUUAAAUUGCCAGAACUAAUUCUCCAAUGUAAUAUCACCCUUUAAACAUGUCAAGGCAACGUUUAAUAAUAAUGUAAAUAAUAGAUCGCUUCCAAGAAAUGUACAUGGAAUAAUUUUUCUCUGACCCAGACGAGGAGCUCCUCCAAUCGCUGAUCGACAUGUUCUUUGGGGGCGUGACCAGCACCUUGUCCGCCAUGGAGUUCGUCAUCAUGUACCUGUCCAAACAUACAAGAAUGAGGCAGCUGGCCCAACAGGAAAUUGACGCGGCAGUCCAAGCCAACGGUGGAGAGAUGAAGUGGUCGAUGAGGGAACAAAUGCCCUAUGUCCACGCCUGCAUAGUUGAAGCCCUGAGGCUGGGUUCUGUCACGCCAUCAUCCCUCCCCCACGUCGCCAGAGAAGAUACAGAGGUAAUCGAUACUUUUAGUCACUAGAAGUAGGUCAUGGUGCACGAUUUUAAAAGAAUAUGUUGUAUGAAGAUGAAAAUGCAAUAUUACUUUUCCACGGACAUGUUCAUGCAAAGAUAUUUCUCGACAGAUUGAAGGGUACACCAUACCAAAAGGGACAUAUGUAAUGGGAAGCAUCUACAGCUUGCACUAUGACCCUGCAUUUUACCUUGACCCUGAAGAGUUCAGACCACAGCGCCAUCUAGACGGCCACGGUCAGUACGUGGCCCCUCAAAGUUUUAGGCCAUAUGGAAUAGGUAUGCACAUUUCUUUUAAGAAGAUUUUUUAAAUAAUUAAGAAUAGAUCAUACGCUAAAUCAGUGUGGGGUGGGAGGUGGGGUGGGCUAAUAAACGAGGCUCAAGAACUGGAACAUUAUAUUAAUGUUUUGUUUUGAAAUGGUGUAAUGGUUUUGGUUUUACACUUUUAUACACUGAUGUCAUACAUCAUGGGAACCUAGUUCAUCUCUUGUUCAUUGGUAGUAUACUUUGAUUGGCCGUUCAAUCCAGCCAAUCACUGAUCUUUUGUUAAUUUAUAGUAUAUUUUGAUUGGCUUGUUCAAUCCAGCCAAUCACUGAACUUUUGUUAAUGAUAGCAUAAUUUGAUUGGCCUGUUCAAUCCAGCCAAUCAGGCAUCGCUGGUUAAUUGAUAGUAUAUUUUGAUUGUCCUGUUCAAUCCAGCCAAUCACUCAUCAUAAACAUAACUGUCUCAUCUAGGAGCAAGACGAUGCGUUGGAGAUCAAAUUGCAGAGAUGCAACUCUUUAUGUACACCAUUACAAUCCUCCGCCAUUUUGACCUGGAGUCAGUUGGUGACAAGAAAGCCUCACACAUGGAGACACACAUGCGCAUCAUUCACAGACUCAAAGAUUUGAAUUGUAUCCUGCACCAGCGAAACAUCUGAAAAGUUCCAGUCUGGUGAUUAGCAAACUAACCAAACUUGCUCUCUUUAAACAUGGAAUGAAGCUAUGUAACUACUUUGGGGCCAUGGUAUGAAGCUAUGUAUAGUUGUGUUGGUAUGAAGCUCUGUAUACUUGUAUUGGAGCCACAGUAUGAAGCUAUGUAUACUUGUAUUGGAGCCACAGUAUGAAGCUAUGUAUGCUUGUACUGGAGCCAUGGUAUGAAGCUAUGCAUAUUUGUGUUGGAGCCAUGGUAUGAAGCUAUGCAUAUUUGUGUUGGAAACAAGGAAAAAGUGAAAGCAAUAAUUUUUGUCUAGUCAAGUCAAUUAGAGGGUCAGGGGUCACCGAGCCCACACUUUGUCAAGCCCUUCCUAAUGUCUGGUCAUCUUCUUCUUCUUCUAUAUCUUAAGGGCCCAUGAUCAAUUUAUUGAUCAUUUUGGCUCCUAUGCAUUUGUAGAUGGGAUUUGCAAUGUUUCUGUUACUGGUGUUGAUGAGGAAAUCAUGAACUAGGGGUUUGAAGGCUGGAGGCAAUAGACACAAAUAUGUUGUCACCUCAACCGUUCAAACUGUUCUGUUAUCUGUCAAAUCUGUCACGGUAGAGAUGUGACUGGAUGGUGACAGAAUGUCACAAGUUAACACAUUCAAGUCACUGUGACAUUUGUCUGCUGUCUCCAUAGACUUUUGGACAUCUAGAUUUUCAUUUAUUAUUUAAAUGUAUACAAGUUCAACAGCAACAGCACCUCGCCAGUUGAACAGCAACAGCACCUCGCCAGUUUAAAAAAAACACAGCCUUGUUUCAGUAUUCUAAGAAUAUGGCACCAUGCUUCAUUUAGGCAUUCCAUUUCUACAUUCAAUGAUGAAUUAAUUUUCAGAAUUUAACAAUCUGGGCCAUGGUAAAGUAAAUUUUAAAUAUAAACUCAGAUCAAAACUAUCAAUAAAAACCAGCUAAUUUAUCCCCAUGCAAGAUCCUGAUCUUUUUAUAUUUCCACUAUUGGGGUUGGGAGACUUGGAGCAGAAAUGUGACUUUUGGUUAGAGUAAUUCCACUGUCUCUAAGAAUUAUGCCCAUUUUUUGUUGUUGCGUUACAAUACUUUAUUUUAAAUAUGUGUUUUGUUGUAAUUUUGACAUUUUUAACAUUUUACAAAAUACUCUCUAAGUUGUUGUUACGUUACCGGUAUAUAAUUUUUUUGUAUGGUAACAUUUUCAUUCAGUUGCUGUACAUUUAUCUCUUAUUCUUGAAAUGUGUCAUGACGGUUACAUCUAAUACACAGCUGCAUUAUGCAAACAUGUUGUCAUUUUUACGUGCAAUGAAAAUAAAUAUUUGAUCAUUAUUUAAAUUGGUUUUAACAUUUAUUUCACUGAAAUAGAG